UAAAACAAGCGGAGAAGAACUUCUGCGGUCUCUUCAACACGGACGCUUGUCUAAGCUCAACACUGAACCUUCACCAACCUUAGUGUUUGACUUUGUAUUUUCGAAUAAAUUGUUAAACUUUUCUUCCGGCCUAAUCAUUGAUGUUUUACCUCAACCAGAAUAAAAGAACCGGGCAAUAGAGGUUUUUACGGCCGGCAGGUUACUGUGGUCAAGCCAGCCUCCACUCGUAAUUUUGUUCAUACUAGCCAUUACGGUAAUAGGUAAUAGGCAUUACGGUAAUAGGUAAUAGGUCUUUCAUCCGCAACAAUGCAACAAUCUGCCAUCUCCAUUGGAAUUUUUCCACUCAAACUGUGCUGUCCUAUGCUUUGUGUGUACGUUAGGGAGGAAGGAGGAAUGAACACAUACUGAGAUGGGAUUGUCUUCCCCCACAGAAAUCGUGGCCACCGACAAGGUGGAAGUGGCCUUCAAGAACCUGGACGCCGCCAUCUUGGUGGGCUCCAUGCCCAGGAGGGAGGGCAUGGAGAGGAAGGACCUGCUCAAAGCCAACAUGGCCAUCUUCGAGACCCAGGGAACGGCCCUGGAGAAGUACGCCAAGAAGGCCGUCAAGGUUCUGGUGGUCGGAAACCCGGCCAACACCAACUGUCUGAUCGCAAUGAAGUCUGCUCCCUCCAUCCCCAAAGAGAACUUCUCGUGCCUCACCCGUCUCGACCACAACAGGGCUCGCUCUCAGGUUGCGAUGCGCUGCAACGUCCCCGCCACCCACGUGAAGAACGUGAUCAUCUGGGGCGACCACUUGUCCAAGCAGUACCCGGACGUGCACCACUGCAAGGUCAACGUGUCCGGCGGCGAGGUGGCCUGCUUCGACGCCGUCAAGGAUGAGGCCUGGCUCAAAGGGGACUUCAUCACGAACAAGUCCUGGAAAAUAGUGGAGGGCCUGCCCAUCGACGACUUCUCCAAGGCCAAGAUGGAGGCCACGGCCACUGAGCUGAUAGACGAGAGGGACACUGCAAUGGAGUUCUUGGCCAAGAAGUGACUCGGUUUAGAAGCUCGCCUGUAACAAAGCAACUCCCUUCAAUGUCCUUGUAUUCAUCAUUUGUGUGUGUGUUUGUGUAAGAGAUGUGGAUUACGUGUGUUUUCUUGUGACUUUAGGGGGUGGGGGGAUGGAACGCUUUGGUACUGAAGUGAAUUCCAAGGGCACCUAGCUGGCUGAGUUGUAGCUAUGCAGACGUGCACUUUUUAAAGGUUACAAGCACAAGAGCUUCACUUGUUUUUGGUUUCUUCAGCUUUGCGGGUUCUACGUAUCUUCUUCCCUUGUGAAGAACACAAGCAUCAUGGCUGCUCCGGACCAACCACAGUAUACCUUUUAUCAUCACGAGUGACCACGCUCCAAUGUGAGCGCUAGGGCAGUCUAGUUCGUCACCUCCAGCUUGUCAUUUCACUUUCAGUGGUGUUUUAAAAAAAAAAAAAAACUACACUUGAAUCCCGACUGUUCAUGCUGUAACAAUAAAAGACUCGAACAUUA